GUGAUUUUAAAGAGUAUGACUUCGCACUAUUUUCUGUCGCACAUGAAUAAGCUGUGAGUUGAUCAGCAUACACUUCCGUUAAGAUGGCUAAAACGACAAAGCUUACUGACGAUCAGAUAUUUGAUCUGCAGGAGACGUUCAACCUGUUUGACAACAGGGGAGAUGGGAAGAUCUACGCUGGAGAAAUCGGCAAUGUCCUCCGCGCCAUGGGACAGAACCCAACUGAGGCCGACGUCAAGAAGUGCGUCUUCCAAGAGGAUCCAGACCAGAGGGUCAGUUUUGAGCAGUUCAUCCCCAUUCUACAAACUGUCAUGAAAAACCAGGACACAACCACAGCAGAGGACUUCAUAGAGGGGUUCAAAGUAUUUGACAAGGACCAGAACGGCUUUAUUGGAUCAGCUGAACUUAGACAUCUUUUGUCUUCACUAGGUGAGAAAUUAAGUGAUGAGGAAGUGGAGCAACUGCUGCAGAACAUGGAGGACUCACAAGGAAAUGUUAACUAUGAAGAAUUUGUGAAAAUGGUAAUGGCUGGCUAGAAGAGACUCUAGUACAAUAGUUCACAAACUGAUCUUAAGAAAAAUAAAAUGACAAUGCGCUUAACCUCAUCCUCUUAAGCAUAACCUAAAAGAAUAUCUCCUCCAGUCUACUGUCAAAAUGGUUAUCCUACAGAAUCCUGUUUAGACGAGCAGCAAACCAAGCUUGUCAGCUUACAGCAAAUUGGGAAUACUGUGUACGACCUUGGUUUGUGAAUUGUUUACACUUAUAAUGCUGCACAGAAGAAGAUAUUUACUGGAUGUAUGGCAAUGGGUGGAAUUCAAACUAUUUGCAGUGUGACUGUUUGGUUAAGAAGAAAACAGAAGUUAAACUUAAAGUUACAAAGUAUUUGCUAUUGAUGAAAAGGCAAAGAAAUUU